AUGUCAGUUUUUCACGUGAAUAUAAAUGGAUACCAUGAAAUAGGCGGUGACCGCCACUGGCAGCGAAUCGAAAACUUUUUCAAACAUUUCAUCGGGAUAAUAUUGUCUCAGAGCGUUGUACUUCUGAAAAUUGGUUUCAUACGGGCAUCUUGGUCCGAUGUGGCUUAUAAGCGCAUCGCUGAACGAGCGACUGAGCUGUGA